UUCUCGCCCAAAGCUCGGUUUGAAUCAGCACACAAAUCAAAUGGUUGGAAGCCGCCCAAGACGGCGUGCAAGCCACCCGCUGUCACCGUCGCCAUUGCCAUCAUUGGCUCGGCAAUAUCAUCGCCGCCCUCAGCCGGGAUCGAGAUCCGAUGCUGAAAUCAAGAACUCGAAUGCAUCGAGUUAAGCUUCUCGGUAUCCUGCCCCACCCCCACCCCCUCGCAGCAACACAUCAUUCUUGCCUUGGCCACAGAACCUGCAUCGGGCUUCCCGGUUGUGCCUUCCUGGUAGAUGCCUGCCCUCACAAAGGUCGUAUUGCCUUCCGAGGCGGGAUGGCAGGGAUCUUGCGUCAGCCCUUUCUCAGGGCAGUCCCCUUGUUUCCAGCCGUAGCUGUGCUAGGAGAAAAAAGAAGAAAAAAACUUGGCAGGGCGCGACGACGAAUCGCGACAGCUCGCGUCACCUACCUAAUCGUCAAUUGAGAAAUCAACAAUCUGUCUCGGGUAGUGGGCUGUGCCUGCCGACAAUCACAAACCACCACUAUCAGCUCCCCCCGCCAAGGCCAUCGCUCCCAGUCCAUCGCUCCAGCCCUCCCUACCUACUACUCGGUACCAACGUCCUGUUACAAGCAAAUUCGGAAGGAGCCCGGAAAUUGCCAUCAGGAAACUUAUCUACUACCUAAGGGGGGGACGUGGAGCGUCAUCCUCCCUUGUGCGCUUAUCGGCACUUGGGGAGUCGGCGUCACAACGGAUCCAAACCCCCAAGGCUAGCCGGAAUCUAAACCGGAGGUCUAGGCCACUCCCCUCCCCAAGGCCGAACGCACACCAGAACAAAAGGAAGAAGGGCGGAGAAAACGGGAAGGGGGAAAAGAUGGUGGCCCUAACGAUACGCAACCUGACCACGACCCCGCUCGAGCUGAGGCGCAUCGAGCGCUUCCACGGCGAGCCGGUGCCGGGGGAGGGCAUCAAGCGGGUCGCGAGCAAGAUCACGAGCAUCUUCAACGCAUCCUCGCACACGCCGCCAGGCGUCUGCGGCGUCAGCCUCAAGCCGGGCAAGGGCUGGGUGCGGGCCCAGGAGUUCUACGAGGGCGCCCGCCACUUGCCCGUGGCGCCCUUCGAGGCGAGGGCCACGGGCGUGCGCGCCGCCGACCCGGGCGGGCGCGAGGUCGCCCGGCUCUUCUUCCGCCAGCCGGGCACCGAGAACCGCUGGUCCGUCGACUGCCCGGGCCCAUCGCACCGCAGCCUGGUGAUGCGGCGCGAGGCCGGCGGUGACGACGAGUCCGGGGGCCCGGCCGAGUUCACCGUCAUCUACUCGCUGGAGCACGGCCACCUGACGGUGCUCAGCAGCGGCGGGCUGGCCCACUGGAUGCGCGAGCUGCGCGACGAGUUCCCGCUCUCGAUGCUCUCCAUCCCCGGCACCCACAACAGCCCGACGUGCUACAAGGCCCUGCCCAGCGUGCGCUGCCAGGCCGUCGGCGUCCGCGAGCAGCUCGACAACGGCGUCCGCUACCUCGACGUCCGCGUCAGCUGCUCGCCCGACUCGGACGACCUCACCCUCGUGCACGCCGCCUUCCCCGUGUCGCUCACGGGGUCAAAGUACCUGCACGAUCUGCUGGCCGAGUGCUACGCCUUCCUGGACGAGAACCCGCGCGAGGCCCUCAUCAUGAGCCUCAAGCGCGAGGGCACCGGCAAGGGCACUGACGGCGACAUGUCGCGCCACCUGUCGGACCGCUACUGCGGCCGCGACGACGCGCGCCGCUGGUUCACCGACAGCCGCAUCCCCACCCUGGGCGAGGUCCGCGGCCGCAUCGUGCUGCUGCGCCGCUUCUGGAUCGACGACUCGCUCAAGGGCCACAACGACGGCCGCGGCUUCGCCAUGGACGGCGAGCACUGGCCCGACAACUGCGACGACGGCACCGUCGGCAGCGGCCUGAUCCGUGUUCAGGACUUUUACGAGAUGGACCAGAGCACAAACAUCGACAAGAAGACGGAGCUCGCCCGCGCCCAGCUGGAGCGCGCCUCGGAGCAGCUCGGCCACUACCACGGCAUGCCCGACGCCCCCGAGCAGCUUCCCGGCCCCAAUCCCCUCUUCGUCAACUUCCUGACCGCCAGCAACUUUUUCAGUGCCAGCUGCUGGCCCGAGAAGAUCGCCGCCAAGGUGAACCCGGCCAUCAUCGAGUACCUGUGCAUGAGGCACGGCGACCACGGCAAGGGCCCCAACCAGCUGGCCGUUGGGGACUCGGCAACCGGCAUCGUCAUCACCGACUGGGUCGGAAAGGACGGCGACUGGGACCUGAUCCGCGCCAUUGUGGGCUGGAACGCUCGACUGCAGCUGAAAUAGGAAGCAGCUUCCGCAGCAGGCGCGAACACGGCCACACCGGCCACACCCCCUCGCCCGGGGAGCGAGACGGAGGAGACAUGGGCUCACCUCGAAUCGGACUUGGAACCAAGAAACUAUACAUGGUACUAGAUGGCGUCGGAUACAAAAAAGAGCGGGUAUUUGUCAUGUUUUCGGACACGGUUCAGGAAACAAGAAUUCUUCAUUGAAUCAUCUAUCAAGGUGGAGUGUUUUCCCGCAGAUCGAGGUAGAUACCAAGGGGCGUGGGAUACGAAUCCUAUUGGAGGUGAUCCGAGUUAGCCCGACGAGUCACACAGAAGACAAUGUAUGCGAACAAGUGUGAAAGCCUUCAAAUCAGCUCUCCAAGGUGAAUUGAUUGAUGUUAUCCACAGAAUUGAGAUUCAGUGAGAACAGCAAGGUGAAUCAUCCGAAAGGUGUUGGGGGCAGAGACUCCGUUUUGACCACUUACAACUAAAAGACUUGCACAGAGCGGCGGGCGAUACGAUAACUACCUGAGAUACCAGAUACAUGUUAGCAUCAUGGCUACCGUUGGCUUCCAGAUAGGUUGGCAUUUCGUUGAUGCGAAAAGAAUUGUCAGGCUGCAGUGGCAUUCAUGUUAGCUCCAUGCUCCCUGAGCAGAACGGGAGAGUCGGGACAGUCAACAUACCUCAUUAAAUCAGAUUUUGUGUAAAAUGUUCAUCUCCAACCCGAAGGGAGGAUCAAACAGUGUGAAUAACGGAUCAUCAUCUUAACAGGCUCA